AUGAAAAGGCUACGGAAUUCGCGAUACUGGUACAGCAUGUUGCCGGGCAAGGAUUCGGAACCAGUUGUCUCGGAUAGCCGCGUUGAUGGGGACGAAGAUGCGGAAACCGACAGCGAAUCAGACGAACGGCAUCGACUGUUGCACCAGAGCCGCAAGACAUACUGGGGUUCGCUGGGAUGGAAUCUCGCCGCAGCCUUAUUGCCGGCGCUGUAUUCAACUCUUAGCAAACUCUGGGUCGCAAACCUUGAUGCUAGCCAUGUCGUCACUACCGAUGUGUACACGUACAUUUCGACCGUCGCAGAGGUUCUGAACGAAGGCCUUCCACGAACAGCGUGGCUCAUCAUCGGCGAUGAAGACAAUCGCUCUUUACGAUCCCGGAUCAGCUUGUCGUACACCCUCGUCGUCUUCCAAACCCUCAUGGGCCUCAUCAUGUCGAUUGUCUUCGUAGCGGCUGCAGAGUCCUUCGCUGCGUCGUUCGUUCCCAGAGAAGUCCGGCAAUCGUCCUUGAACUACGUCCGCGUCUCAGCACCAGUUGCGCUCUCUUCCGCUAUCCAAGUCGCCGUCUCCUCGUGCACACGAGCGCUGGACAAACCAGAUGUGCCUUUCGUCAUCAGCUUGAUCGGCGUGGUCUGCAAUAUCGUAUUGGACUUCCUCAUCAUUUCCAACUUCCACGUUGGAUCCUUCAAGCCUACCAUCCUCAUGCAAGCCGGCAUUCGCCUAGCCUGCGACAUGACUUCCGCUCUGGUAGGUCUUGGUUACUUCAUCUACCUCGCCACUAGGAUCCAACGCCAGCAUGAAGAGUCGGAGGAACGAGUGCGUCCAAACAUCAAGGCCCUGAUUGUGCUCGCACGACCUGCCAUGUACACCUUCACCGAGUCGGCUAUUCGAAAUGCGCUCUAUCUAUGGAUCGUCAGCACCAUCAUCGGACUUGGGCAAGAUUAUGCUACCGCUUGGGGAGUAUUCAAUACAAUCCGAUGGGGACUUAUCAUGGUGCCAGUGCAGGCGUUGCAGAAUUCGACCUUGACCUUCAUUGGGCAUCGAUGGGGACAUUGGCGAAAGCAGAAGGAGGCUGGUGAGCGUAAACCUGCGGCGACAUGGAAAGACGUAAAGACAAUCAUUCGCCCAGCCAUCGUCUCCACUCUCCUCUCGAUCGCCGUCGAAGUACCGCUCUGCUUAUUUCUGUCGUUUUGGGGAAUGAAAGAAUUCGCGUAUUACCUCUCAAAUUCCGACGAAGUAGCUCGAAUUACGAGGACGAUGUGGCGUAAUAUCGACUGGUGCUACAUUUUCUACGCCAUCGACUACCAGCUCGCUGCAAUUUUGCUGGCUACAGUGCCAAGAUGGUAUCUCUACCAGUCACUGGGCUCCAACUUUCUUUGGAUGCUUCCAUGGGCCAUCGUAGUCACCGUGGUAAAGAUGUCGCAGACUGAAGCAUGGAAAUUCUACUCCAUCAUCUUCGGCGGCUCGUUGGUGUUCAGUUGCCUCAACGUGGCCCUAGUCCUGGGUCUAUGGAUCUGGCGAUUGAUGCAGGGGAAGGUCCGACUUCCGCCCGUAGUUACUCGAACCUCAUGA